AUGGCGUCCACCCAGUAUGGCAUCGGUUCCUCAGCCGCCUCGUCAGGAAUCAACUCCCCAGCUCCAAGCGUCCCAAAUAUGACCGAUACGCAAGCACCCAAAGCUUCUCCAGCGCCCAGUGUUCCCACAACGACAGGCGAGCAACGAUCGAAACGAAACAAAAGAGACAGUCGCAAAAAGCGUGAGGCCAAGGGACUCGAUACAGAUGUCACUGCGUUGCCACCUAGAAAGAAGGCAGCUCUCGCAGCAGCAGCUUCAGGGAGACCUUCUACAUUAUUGUCUAUGCUUAGGCCGGCAUUACUCGCAGAACCUCGAACGAAGUCAUCGAAUGUUAUAGGACAGAGCUGGGAUUUUUACGAGGUUGUCGAUAAACUCACCAACAAGAAUGGAUUUCGGUAUAGUUAUGCGAUUUCCGAUCCGAAGUUUACGAAUAUAAAAUAUCGACAGACGGAUGUGGCGCCUUAUCAUGCUCGUUUUAGCUUUGAGGAUUCUCCGGCGGCAAUUGCGUUUACGAAAGAUGGUCUGGCGGUUACAACAACUGAUGCAUGGCACUCUGCUCGAGCAAAUGUAUGCGCGCGCGAAGGGGCGUAUUACUAUGAAGCGAAGGUGAUCAGUGGUAUUGUUAAGGAUCCGCAACCUAACGGUUCUGAGGGAAAUACUUCUCCUGCGUCUUCAAGAGGUCAUGUAAGACUGGGAUUUGCGCGCCGAGAGGCAGAACUUGACGUCAACGUUGGGGUUGACUGUUAUGGAUAUGGUAUUCGCGACGUGAACGGGGAGGUCAUAAAUCGCAUGCGUUGCGAACACUUUUUCGACAAAGGCGAGAGCAUUGCCGAGGGAGAUGUUAUUGGCUUACUUAUCACAUUACCUCCUCUAUCAGUCCAUAAAAAGGUCGCCGAGGGGACAUACGAUCCGUCUGCCGACAAGCAGCCCACUAAAUAUCCCACAGUCACGAACUUCAUUCGGGAUCGAGUACCUUUUCACCUCAAAUCUGAUUUCUGUUGGCAACAAUCCAACAUAUACCCAUCCAAACAACUCCGCGAUUAUGCGUUCAACCUAAAAGAGACGCCUACAUUUGGACCCCCCUCUCCAUUCAAUAGCGAAGACGCAUCCCUUCGCACUUUACCCGGUUCAAGUAUCACAAUAUUCAAAAACGGAGUGAAAAUGGGAACACCAUUCAAAGAACUCUUUGCCUUCUUACCACCAGCUAGUCGCCUCACAAACGGCACCAAUAACUUGGGUAUUGGCGAACGAGAGAAUGCGGAUGAUGGCAUGAUCGGGUACUUCCCUACAGUCAGCUGUUACGGUGGCGGGGCAGUUGAAUGCAGAUUUGAGCCUCCGUGGUGGUUUGGUCCGCCGCCCGUUGUGGAAACUGACGAUUCAAAGGAUGAGGAACAUAAGAACGAGGAAGUAACAGUCGUGAAACCGUUUGGGGAACGAUUCAACGAUCAGAUCGUGGAAGAUAUCGUGGCUGAUAUAGUCGAUGAGAUUGAGGCGAUGUUCUUAUGGGGUAGUGAAACUACAGAUACGGACCUGGCCAUGAGAGGAGCCAAUAAUGCUGGCGCUGCUGUUGCAAAACAGAAUGGCAAACAUCAUGCUCUUCUUAGUCCUGGUAAUACCUCUGCAAGUGCGGCUACAGUUCCGACAGUGAUCAGCACUGAGUUUGUUGAUGGCUCGUCGUCGACUGUCGUGCCUGCAACUGGCCAGCGGAGUGUUGAUGUUGUGCAAGAGGGCGUGGGCGCGGUGUAUGAAGCUGCUAUGUUGGCGACUGAUGCGCCGCCUACUGUUACAGUGAAUGUAGGGACGGAGGAACAAGGGACGAGUAAUGAUAUAAAUGGGAAUGGGGAUCACAUGUCCGGCCUGGUUACAGGGACCGUACUUGGAAGCGUAGGGAAUGGGCAUGAUGAGGAUGUUGAGAUGACUUAGAUAUCUCUAGAAGACAAUCAAAUCAUCCCUUUGUAGAGGAAAUGUAUUCAAACAAACCUAUGGUAUCU